UAUCACUAGUUGUAGCCACGUAACAUUUAUCAUUUCGGAAUGUCCGAAAUGUGAAUCAAACAUCAUGCAAUCACUGGUAAAGAAGAACAAUAGGAAUGGUCAAGGCAACCGAUUGGAGCCUUGAGGCUACAGUGUACAGACACUAGAUGGCUGUAAACUAACUGACCCUGGAAUGCGCGGAUAGCUUCAGUGACCUAGAUAAUUGUGUGGAUUGGGCGAGCCUGUUGGUGUCUGUACUCACGUGGUUUAAGUCACGUACAUGCAGCAGCUAUAAGGGUUAUGAUUUCGGCGAUGGACUUUUACACGUGCCGAGCACAGAACUGGAUCACGUGUCUCUUCUGAUGUUGGACACGAGAUCGUCAUGGCAACAGGUGAAAAUGUAGAGACGGAUCAGUCAUGGGACGUGCCAGAGCUAGAAGAGGGGUUUAUCAACCAUGUUUUCAUCACCCACUGUGAGGCUGACUAUGAGUAUGCCAAGAAUCUGUGGCACAAGCUCUCAGAAAAAGGUUUCAAGUGCAGCAUGGCGAAAAAGGAUUUCCUCGGCGGCCAUUCCAUAUAUAAUCAGAUCAUCAGAGCCAUUGAGACAUCAAAAAAAAUCCUUCCCGUAAUCUCCCCAGAAGCAUUGAAGAGCUACUGGUGUACACUGGAACUCUCCCUGACGCUGGAACGCUCCAUGGACAACGACAGUUUAGCCAUUGUCCCAGUACUCUUGGACGUUCCGACAGAGAAGCUUCCCGAUGUGUUGAGACAGUUGGAGUGUAUAGAUGGCAGGGCAGCUGGUUUCCUAGACGAUGUUACGAAAAUGAUUAUUGGUCCGGAUGUGUCCGUAGAAUCCUUACUUCCCGUGGGAAAUGUGGGGCAUGGUUUGGCGUGGUCUUACUACAGUGGCUACCUCAAAAUCCUUUUUCCAAAACUUCGUGAUCGGAUCCAGAAAAGUCCACAAUGGCGCUCAGAUCCCACGCGUAUGCCACGAAGAAUGUACCUCCUUUUACCGGAGAGCUGCAAAUGUCCGGCAAAACUGACUGCUUGGGACGAGAAAAUCGUGGCUGACAAGCCGUUAGAAGGUGUAACAAAGAUGAGAGCUGGCAAGGAAAGGAAUUAUUGUAACUCCGUUUACAAAAUACAAGAUGACAAGGAAUGGUAUUAUUUUGUGAGCGAGUUUUGUUCAGUGGUCCUUCCAAUGAACGACAUGGAGGAAGGUGGAAUCGCCCGGAUGAGCUCUGAUGAAAAGAAACGACAGCUGUAUCGCUUCAAAUGUACCUUAGAACAUAUACUUGGGUAUUACCACUUAAACAAGUACAGACUCAUUCUGUAUAACGACACUGAGGACAACCUGGGUGUUGGGACAGUGUCCAAAACUCUAUUAGAGCUGAUCAGAGAAGAUAUACGUACCGAUAUUGAAUCCGAUGAAGUGGGCGCUUCUGUGCGUACUGACCAAUCUCCAGACAUAGAUCCGAAAAGAAAGCUGGGCAAAAACCGAGGGAAACCCACGACCAUCCCCAGAUCUACCGCAAAGGAAACCAACAUGAGCGACUCACAAAGACAGCUUUGCUCUAGGAAUGAAGGCGUCUCCAUUGAAGCAGUAAAGAGUACUUCCAAUGGCGAUUUUGCUAUAGAAACCCAUGGUGUCCCGGAUGUUGAGCAACCGGAAGUCACCAACGGUCUAGAUCUAGGUCAGCACUGGAAAUAUCACGCUUUCAUCAUGUACGGAGAAGGUGAAGAAGACCGGAAGUUCGCCAUAGAAUUAACGAACUUUCUGGAGAAAGAGAAAAACAUGAAAUGCGCCGCCAAAGAUCGAGAUCUGACGGAAAAUACGACAAUGUUUGACCAGAUGACAGAGAUAAUAAGGCGAUCCAAGAGAACCGUCUUGAUCAUGUCCGAUGAAACCUCUGCGCCUGAGUUGACGAUCUUCCAGAUGUUGAGAGUUCCGAACAGAGACGAAUUUGAGCGAUCCGUCCAGCCAAUACCAGUUCUACGAGGAACACCCAAAGAAAAGGAUAUCAAAGACUUUUGUAGAAAUCUAACAUACGUCGAAACUACAGAAAUGGAUUAUAAAGAGCGUUUAUUCAGGGCGUUAACAGUUGCAGUUAAGGUGCCUCAUCUUCCGGCUGGUAACGUCGCGGAGGGAUUUGCUUGGAGCUACUUUUACAGAUAUUUAAAGCUAGUGCUUCCAGGGCUGAAGAGUCGAAUGAAGGACAGCGACUGGUAUUCGGAAUACCGCAGAACGAUCUCACACAAGAUGUUUAUCUUCAUGCCGGACAGUGGCCGGACGCCGGAAAGAUUGGAAGAAAUCCCGGGUGUGAAAGUGGCCGGAAGUGUCGCCUGUGAAAGAGAUGCAGCCGGAAACAUCAAAAGGAGUUAUGAUAGCACUGUUUACAGCGUGCAAGACAAAACAGAUGGACAGGUGUAUCACUUUGUUGGGGAGUAUCUCAGCCCGCUGGCGGUGAUCCAUGACAUGGAGUGUGGACAGGAGGCGGGACUAAGCUCUGCUGCACGUGUCAAGCAAGUCAGUCGGCUCUACGAUCGCGUGAAGGAUAUUCUGAAUCAUGAACAUGCGCAGGAUCUCAAAGGAACAUGGCGUCUCUUCCGGUAUGACGAUUCCUGUGAAAAACUCUCCGAUAUAUCAGGACAGCUUGUGGAGCUUAUACAAGAAGAUUUGGAAAAAGAAUAUUAGCAAAAACGUCCAAACUUUUCAGUUUUUAACUUUGUUAUGUAUUUUGCAUUACCUUGCAAAUGCAAGUGCUGGGCAUUGGCCUUGUGUGUUUUAAACUUGCAAUGUAUUUGGCAUACGUGUUCGUAAAGAGUUUGCGAUAUAAACCAAAGAGCCUGAACUCAACAUGAAUUACUUUUAUUGACUGGUGAAUCAUAUUAUAAACAACGGUGUUGUGAAUUAUCCUCAGGAUCAUUAUCAUAGUAUUUUAUGUUAUAAAUUUCAUGCAUUAUAAUGAGCUCAUUGUUUUACUGCGCUCACUGUAUUACUGCGCUCACUGUAUUAAUGCGCUCAAUGUUUUACUGUGCUCACUGUAUUACUGUGCGCUGCUGAGUGCUGCAUUUUUUCUUAGCUGUCAGUUAUAUAAGAAGCGUUAUUCGACUUCGACGUGAUAUUCCGAGUACAUAUGGCGCGACGACAAGUCUCUUUCCUGUCGAUUUAUAUCCCUCCAUAUGUAAUUAAAUGAUGACUAACCAUUCAGUCAUCACCCAAGGUUCAUGAUGUGAAAAACCUUGUAAAACAAUAAUUCCACUUAAAUUGAUUGUAAAUGAAGUUAAAUAUGUAAAUUUAAUUAAUUAGCACCAUGUUUGACUCUACCGGUGGCAGAAUGGUAUAAAUUUUCAUCUGAAUCAAAUUCAAGGUUUUGAAAUGAGUCAAAUUAAUAAUUUAGAAAGUUCAGUGGGCGAUAAUUCCCUAUACCAAUUCAUUUUACAUGCAUUUAGAGUUGCUUCCCUUUGACAAUGUGAUACCUUUGUUGAUAGCUGAAAAGUGUACUUCUAUUUAAUGGCACAUUUUAAAGCUUUGCUCUUUGAUUUUGUGUUUUGGGUUGAACAUGUCCAAGAGCUUCUCCUGAUAUAAGAAGCCUUUGUUUCACUAACAGUGAAACAAAUAGCUGAAUUUGGCUGUGGGAUUAAGUCGUAAAGACUGAUUAGAUGACACGCAUGUACAUUUAUGUAUUUUACCUUGCAAGAAGGUCGAAAUUUAGUUAGAAUUUCAUUUCAGUGAGAGAUUCAUUCAGAAAUAUGACCAAAAUUAAGGCAGGAUUUUAGCACUUGUAAGAAGACCUAGAUCUAGUCCGGAUUUCAGCACGACGAGAUCUAGACUUAGGAUUCCAGUAUGAUGAGAUCUAGAUUUAGUCAAAGUUUCAGCACAGGAAAAUCUAGAUUUAGUCAGAAUUUCAGCACUGGACGAUCUAGAUUUAGUCAGAAUAUCACCAGAGGAUGAUCUAGAUUUAGUCAGAAUGUCAAGAAAGGAAGAUCUAGAUUUAUUCAGAAUUUCAGCACAGGAAGAUCUUGAUUUGGUCAGGAUUUCAGCACAAGAAAAUCUAGAUUUAGUCAAAAUUUCAGCACAGGAAAAUCUAGGUUUAGUCAGAAUUUCAGCACAGGACGAUCUAGAUUUAGUCAGAAUUUCAGCACAGGUAUAUCUAGAUUUAAUUAGAAUUUCACCAGAGGAUGAUCUAGAUUUAGUCAGAAUGUCAAGAAAGGAAGAUCUAGAUUUAUUCAGAAUUUCAGCACAGGAAGAUCUUGAUUUGGUCAGGAUUUCAGCACAGGAAAAUCUAGAUUUCGACACAGGAAAAUCUAGAUUUAAUCAGAAUUUCAGCACAGGACGAUCUAGAUUUAGUCAGAAUUUCAGCACAGGAAUAUCUAGAUUUAGUAGAAUUUCACCAGAGGAAGAUCUAGAUUUAGUCAGAAUAUCACCAGAGGAUGGUCUAGAUUUAGUCAGAAUAUCACCAGAGGAUGAUCUAGAUUUAGUCAGAAUGUCAAGAAAGGAAGAUCUAGAUUUAUUCAGAAUUUCAGCACAGGAAGAUCCUGAUUUGGUCAGGAUUUCAGCACAGGAAGAUCUAGAUUUAGUCAGGAUUUCGACACAGGAGCAUCUUGAUUUAGUCAGGAUUUCACCACGGGAAGAUCUAGAUUUAGUAAGCAUUUCAUUCCAAUGAGGUACUGUCAGUCAGAAUUCUGAUAAAAUCAGGAUUUCGAUCGGCACAAGAAGAGGGAGAUAUAGCCAGGAUUACAGCAAAUGUUUUGCUUUGUUUGCACUGUAGAUUUUACAGUUGAAUUCACUGGCCUGAAAAUUAUCUGAUCUUUCAGUUUAUCUGCAGAUUGACGACAGUUUUUGUACAGUGUAUAGCUUACACAUGCUAAUUUUUUGGCACCGAAUUAAACUUAUACACCUGUUACAUAAUGGGAGGACGUGAUCCUUAAGUUUAACAGUGUUAAUUACCACUACGCAAUUACAAAUGCAAUAGUUUUGUGUUUAUUCUGUUACUACAACUGUGGCAUUUAAGCGAUACCGAAGGCCCGGACAUGGCGAUUGUGUGAUAUACCCUUGCUAUACCCAAAGAAUGCCAGCUGGUGCAGUCCGUCAUUAUUGUAAAGCAUAUGGUGCAUUUCAAGCGAUCCUUACUUAUGUCUAGCCCGAAAUUUUUGUCCCAUUAAUUACAACAUUGUUGUCUCGUGCCAGAUGUUGAUAUCAUCAAUAAUAUACACGCACAUGCGAUUUAUUAAAAGUAUACAUUAUUUAAAAAAAAAACUAUUCCAGACUGCCGUGUUCUCUUCUUUAUAAUCCUAUAGCU